AUGGCAACGCAACGCUACGUUCGCGCGCGGCCGGCCGGCCGUCGAGAUGGCCGGCCAGAGCGGCGGAAGCGGAAGCGGAAGCGGAAGCGGAGCUCUUCUUUCCCGCUGGGCUUCGGUCCGAACGGCGGCAUUCGCGGCAGCGGCGGCGGCGGGGCGAUGCUGACCUCGCGCGCCUUCCUGAAGCGCACGCGCGGCGGCUCCGUGCUGAAGGUGGUCCGCGAGCACUACCUGCGCGACGACGUGGCCUGCGGGGUGCCGGCCUGCCCGCUCUGCGAAGGGGAGCCCCCCCAACGCGGCCUCCAGGCCGCUCCCAGCUCCCCCGCCAGCCCUCUCGUCCCGCGGCCGCACUAUCUGCUCUUGGACACCAACGUGGUGCUGCACCAGGUGCGCCUGGAGGCGGGAGAGACCUACAUAGAACAAGAACGAGGAGAAAACGCAAACGACCGGAAUGACCGAGCCAUUCGAAUUACAGCCAAGUGGUAUCAGGAGCACUUGAGAAAAUCGCAAGGGGAAGAAAGCAUCCUGGUCAUCUUGCUGACGAAUGACCGCAGGAAUAAAGAGAAAGCUGUAGAAGAGGGAAUAGUCACGUUUACCUGUGAAGAGUACGUAAAGAGUCUAAUAGGCCAUCCUGAACUUAUGGACCGGCUUGCUUGCCUGAAUGACGAAGAGAAUGAAAUUGAAAGCAGCAAGAUCAUUUUUCCAGAGCAUCUCCCACUCAGCAAACUCCAGCAGGGCAUUAAGUCCGGCCUUUACCUUCAGGGCACCUUCAGAGCUAGCAGAGACAAUUACUUGGAAGCCACCGUUUGGAUUCACGGGAAUGACGAAGAAAGAGAGGUAAUAGUCCAAGGGCUUAAACACUUAAAUCGCGCUGUGCAUGAGGAUAUCGUAGCCGUGGAGCUGCUGUCCAAGGACGCCUGGGCUGCACCGUCCUCUGUGGUCCUGCUGGACGACGAGACCAAGAAUGAGGAAGAGGAUAUUGAAAAAGAAGAGGAAGGUCAAAACGAUCCGAAGACUUCGGUGAAUGCAGCAAUGUUACGCCCAACCGGCAGAGUGGUGGGGAUUAUCAAAAGAAAUUGGAGACCGUAUUGUGGCAUGCUGUCUAAGUCACGCAUUAAAGAGGCCAGGCGGCAUUUAUUCACGCCAGCUGACCGGAGAAUUCCUCGAAUUCGGAUAGAAACCCGGCAGGCUUCCAUCCUCGAAGGGCAAAGAAUUAUUGUGGCGAUUGACGGGUGGCCUAAAACUUCCCGAUAUCCUAACGGACAUUUUGUAAAGAAUUUGGGAGCAGCUGGUGAUAAGGAGACCGAGACCGAGGUCCUGCUACUUGAACAUGACGUCCCUCAUCAGCCCUUUUCUCAAGCGGUUCUUAGUUUCCUGCCACAGAUGCCCUGGAGCAUCACUGACGAGGACAUGAAGCAGAGAGAGGACUUGAGGCACUUGUGUGUGUGCAGCGUGGAUCCUCCUGGAUGCACCGAUAUCGAUGAUGCGUUGCACUGCAGAGAGCUGAAAAAUGGAAACCUGGAGGUUGGGGUGCACAUUGCAGAUGUCAGCCACUUCAUCCGCCCAGGAAAUGCUCUAGACCAAGAGUCAGCCAAGAGGGGCACCACAGUGUACCUGUGUGAAAAGAGGAUUGAUAUGGUUCCAGACCUGUUGAGUUCCAACUUAUGCUCACUAAGAUGCAGCGUGGACAGGCUGGCCUUUUCCUGUAUUUGGGAAAUGAAUCAGAAUGCUGAAAUCUUGGCGACGAGAUUUACAAAAAGUGUCAUUAAUUCCAAGGCCUCACUUACAUAUGCGGAGGCGCAAAUGAAAAUAGACUCUGCCACGUUGAAGGAUGACAUUACUAUGAGUCUGCGUGGGCUGAACAGCUUGGCCAAAAUCCUUAACAAGCGUCGGCGAGAAAAAGGGGCUUUAACUCUUUCUUCACCUGAAGUACGAUUCCACAUUGACAGCGAAACCCACGAUCCGAUUGAUUUGCAGACGAAGGAACUCAAAGAGACCAACUCCAUGGUGGAAGAGUUUAUGCUCCUGGCUAACAUCUCCGUUGCCCAAAAGAUCUACGAGGAAUUUUCAGAGCAUGCCUUGCUGAGGAAGCAUCCGGCUCCCCCACCCUCCAAUUAUGACAUCCUGGUGAAGGCUGCAAAGUCUAAGGGUUUGGAAAUCAAAACUGAUUCUGCAAAAUCUCUGGCCGAUUCCCUUGACCGAGCCGAGUCUUCUUCUUUUCCCUACCUGAACACCCUCAUACGCAUCUUAACCACCCGCUGCAUGAUGCAGGCCGUUUACUUUUGCUCUGGAAUGGACAGCGACUUUCACCAUUAUGGCUUAGCGUCGCCCAUAUAUACUCAUUUUACCUCUCCGAUCAGAAGAUACGCGGAUAUUAUAGUACAUCGACUCCUGGCUGUUGCUAUCGGGGUGGACAGUACUUACCCCGAGCUCACCGACAAACACAAAUUGGCGGAUUUGUGCAAAAAUCUCAAUUAUCGGCACAAAAUGGCUCAGUACGCUCAGAGGGCUUCCAUUGCUUUCCACACCCAGUUGUUUUUCAAAAACAAGGGCGAGGUCAGCGAAGAGGCCUACAUCCUGUUUGUCAGGAAGAAUGCCAUUGUGGUCCUCAUUCCCAAGUACGGCUUAGAAGGCACCGUGUUCUUUGAAGAAAAGGCCAAGCCUAAGGAAGGACUUGUGUUCAACAUGGAGAUUCCUUCCCUCACCGUGGAAGGCACCACUUUCUGUACGUUCGACAAGAUUAAAGUCAGCAUCGUGCUGGAUUCUUCCAACGUUCAACAUCAGAAAAUCCGCAUGACGCUGGUAGAGCCCAAGAUAUUAGGCUAUUCCAGAAUCGCUGCACAAUCAAGUGGCAAUGCAGAACCAGAAAUGAAAAAGAAGAAACUGGGAAAGUAACUUCAUUUUAGAAAUGAAUGAAUGUUAUUUGGUUAGGAGAUAAAUUAUAUUGAGGGAGGGGGCAAGGAUUUUUUUUAUACAUAUAUACUUGUAGAAAAGAUUUUUAAAUUGCCCAUUUUAAAAACCAUCCCUGAUAAUAAUACAGUUGCGUAUUCCUGCUUGUAUAUCUUAUUA